CGUAGCUCUGCAACCAAUCUACAGCCGGUACAGGUCAAAGCCACACAAAAAAAAAAACCUGAGGAAAGGAAUGUUUUCAAGCUGGUCUGGAAAGUAGCAGUUUCUUUUAAGAGAACAGAAAAUAGAAUUUCACAGAUGUCCGGAGGGACUCGGUUAGAAAAUGCGAACCCUCUGAUCUUCCAGCGAUCAGGGGAGAGGCUGCUGACGGCGGAGGAAGAGGAUGAAGAAGUUGCUGAUCCUAUUGACGACAGAGAAAUUUUCGAUCUCAUCAGGUCGAUUAAUGACCCCGAACAUCCGCUGUCCCUGGAAGAGUUAAACGUUGUGGAGCUAGUGAGAGUCAAUGUGAACGACAAUGAGAGCACAGUGUCUGUGGAGUUCACUCCUACCAUUCCUCACUGCAGCAUGGCGACUUUGAUUGGCCUGUCCAUCAAAGUCAAGCUACUUAGAUCGCUGCCCGACAGGUUCAAGAUCGAUGUGCACAUCACACCUGGUACCCAUACCUCUGAACAAGCAGUUAACAAACAGCUUGCAGAUAAAGAAAGAGUAGCUGCAGCUCUGGAGAACUCUCAUCUGCUGGAAGUGGUGAAUCAGUGCCUGUCUGCUAGAGUUUAACCAGAACAGAUCUUCAGAACCACAGGACAAGUUCAGCUGCUAAUUUCCUACUUCUUUGUAAAAUUUGUUACACCUGAAUUAUUUAAUUAAAUGUUGGAUAAUUGCUCUUGUAUUUUUGUUGCACGGGAAUGAAAUGAUUCAUGUUUGCAUUGCUGUGCAACUCCUAGAGUCAACAUCAAGAAUGAUGUUUUUGUAAGUUAAUCUUUUCUUGCAAGUUUGCCACAGGUCCUCUUCAUUAAAUAUAUUUUAUAUUAAAUAUGUUUUAACAGAAAUUACUUUACCCUUUUAUAUAAGGAUGGAUGGCGGCUAUAUCAGUGCUUUUAUUUGAAAUGUAAUAAUGUUGCAUAAAGAAUAAUGAAAUA